CCUCCGCUACGCGAUUAGCAUGUGCUAUGGGAACUUGGGUUUUUCUUUUCACAGUGCAAGUAGCAAAUCUUUGAGUCUCUUAUUGGAACCUUGACGUUGGCUCCGGGUUGUCAGAGGAGCUCAGCUGAAAGGGAAUGGGAGAGAAUCAGGAGCAUGGUGAGAGGAAGAGGAGGAGGCGGUGCAGCCCCAGCAGGGCUGUGCCUGCCCCCCAUUUCCUCACGUGCUCCGCAUGUGAUGUGUGGGUCCUGCAUGGCGCUGCAGCCGUGUGCCAGAGCUCCCAGAGAGGACGCUGAACUCUGCGCUUUUGCUCACAGACCCUGUGGAGAACCACUAAGCCGGGGUGGAUUUCCAGCAGGCAUGGAGGUGGCCUUCAGCAAAGGGUUUGAGAUGACUGCGGAAGGAAGGCUGCUCGUUUAAGAAGCUGUUACAAUAACGAAGGGCGAAAGAGUUUCCCUGAGCAAUAGUGUGCCUCUCCUGGGUUAGUUCGUCACGGAACACCACACAAAGCCGGUCCGGCUCUUGACCCUUUGGUUCUUUCAGGGUAGUAUGGGGGUAGCGAGACUCUCGGUGGUACCAUCGGUCUUGAUGUGAGGGAAGACCUGGGCUUGGCUUUCUCAGUGAGUCUCAGUCCUGGGGCUCAUUCACACGAGUGAGGGCUUUGAAGGUCUGCUUCUGAGUAGCUGCUUCCUUAUUUUGCAGUGUGCUUGAUAUUAAGACUGUAGAAAAGUGCAGGGACUUGAUUCACGUGUACAGAAAAACAGACGCUUGUGCAAACGAAACAAAACUGGGUGGAGGUGCAGAUGGCAGCAGAGUCGGGAAAAUAAUACAGAAUUGGGAUUCUUUUGGGCCUGAGCAUUGCUUGUUAAUUGGGCAGGGAAGAAGAGGCCACUUAGCUUUUGUAGUUCUUUAUUGUGUGUAAGUACCGGUCCAGGGCGUGGUAAUGCAUGCGCAGACAUAUUUUGAUGUGUAGAUUUACUUCUGAAUUAAUCGUGCAUCUGGAAGAAAAACAGGAAAAGGAAAUUGCUGAGUAGGUGCAGCUUAGAAAUAAAUGAUGUAAAAGUACUGAAACUGGAAUUGCAGAAAAAAAUAGUCUGCAUGAACGGCAGCUACCCACACUUCAUAGAUCCAAGUGAGCUGCCUUCCCUGGGUACGUCCUGGUAGGAUCUUGUGUAAGGAGUCUCCAGCUCAGAAUUUGUGUGAAUAUGGUAUUUUAAAGGGCUGAGGUUUCUCUCCUCCAGCAGAACAUGCUGUUCUACUGCACAUCUCUCUGUUACCAAGAAAAUACAUUUUUAUUAGACAGCAAGUGCCCAGGUGAACAGGUGUAGGUGCAGAAAACAUACUUAAAUGCUUGGAAAAAUGGAAACAGUUGGCUCUUUAGAGCCCGGCAGUAAGUAAAGGCUUCUGAUGUCAAGCAUGAUUCUUUAGGUUUUUAAAUGUUUGACUAGGCUUUUUACUUUUUAAAUCCUGGCACAGCAUUUUUCUUACCUUCUGAUUGGCUAUAGAGGGUGUAUCACUUGCAUCUUGUCGUGACAUUUAUCUAAACCAAAUGGGGUCCUUAAAUUGUGUUGUGUCUGGUGAGAUGCUGUUUUUUUGACAACUGUGUCGCCCUUAACACUGACACAGGCUGGACUUUCUGUUCAAUGACAUGUCCUGCUUAUGGGUCAUUUUUGAGUAUGCAGGGAAAAAUCUCAUGCAGCUGCACUGUCAGGAAGUAAAAUGUAUACCCUUAUGUGAAGAUCCCCAAGUAGUUUCUUACAUCCUAACUCUGGGUCUCUCCUUCUCCGUGACUGCUAAUUCCCAGGCAUUUAGAGGAUUAUAUUUCUCCAAACUGUUCUAGGGUUACCUGAUGUGAGACCCCAUGCUUUUGUCUUUUGCACUGUUGGGAAAGGGCUGGGGAAAGUUCUGCAAAACCCUUUUUGCGCUACAGUCUGGUUCACAAGAAGGACCUGAAAUCCAAGAGAUCUUCUGCUCUAGAUGUUCCUUCCAUUAACAUUUCUGCCACAGAGCACAAUCCUAGAGCCAGGGAAUGGAGCUGCCUUGGCUGUGAAAAGCACAUGGAGGUAUCUGGGGAGCCUGGUCUGCCUUUCCAAGGGGUAAGGAAGGUUUUGGCAAGGGCACUAUCCACUGGGCUCUUUUCCAGUGUGGAACUGUAAGGAUCCUAACGACUUCCUUCUUCCACAUGGUGCCACCCCAGGAUUAAUUUUAUGCCUAAGGGGAAAUCCCCCAGUGCUGUCUAAUAACCAUCUCUUCUGCCUCUGAUCAAGCACUGCAAGUUGACUGUGAAGCCAAGUUGUGAUCUGUGUAGGGACAAGUGAUGACACUUGGUGUCUUGCUGGCCCUAUGGCAGUACCACCACUGCUGUGUGGGAAGAUUUGGAUUUGGACCCUAAGUGCUUCAGGACCUCGCUUUGGGGACACUCUUGCUACUGGGCAUCCCCAAGGAUCUCACAUGAAAGGCAUCUCAGUGGAGGGCAGCAGCUGAAUGUAGGCCCCCUGUCCCCACUGGGGCCGGAAGGUCCCUGGAAGCUGGGAAUGCUGAGGGGCUGCGGAUGCUUCCUCAGUGUGGGGUGCUGGGCUGUGGGGCUGCUGAGCUGCGGUGGGGACUGCUUUAAGCACACUGACUCAUACGAGUUGGUGCCUGGCGUUACCAUAGAAAUCGGAUCAGCUGCUAGGGGUGGGGAGUCCUUGUCCUUUGGCUCCACCGCUGCAUGGUUCCAGCAUGAGCUCACAGUGCAAGGGAACCUGAUGUCUUGCUCCUUAUCCCUUCGAGAUCAGAGGUCAGACAGCUCUCGCGGCCCUCACCAGAGAGGAGGGAAUAAUUUUGCCUGGGUCUCUGCUUGGCUGCAGUGGUCAGACCCUGUGUGUUUGCUGUGCUGUCUCGGUGACCUGCUGUCCAUAUAUAUCUUGCUCUUUCAUAUUUCAGGAAACUUAUUUCAUUUGCUUAGCAAUAGCUCCCAGCCCUUUGGGAGCCCCAGAGAGGUGAAAACUGGUUGUAAACUGAUGAGUAGCAGAUAAGGGAGGACAGGAAUUAAGGAGGUGGAAUGAUCCAGAGGGAGGGAACAAACACUGAGUAUCCAAUUUCCUGUACUCUCAAAAUGCAUUCCUAAGCUUGGUCAUGAGUGUUGCCCCAAGCAUGGACAUGACGCCUUCUGAUGCUCAGUCUCUCACAGUUCUUGUCCUCUGUGCUCACUUCUGUGUAACUGUUCUGUCAUCUUCUCUGGAUAAAUAUACACAUUCAAGCUCUAGGGAUGGAAGAUGGAAGACGCAAAACAUGGUUGCCCACCCUCCAUUCUGCUAAAGGAAGUAACUUUACUGUGAAUAUAAUCUUUCCACACAAAGGCGUUGUGCCUCUUCAGAUCAUCUUUGAACCCUUUGCUCUCCUCGUAAUACAAAACAAGCACAAGCCUGCCUAAGAAACAGCAUUACAGAGUCUUGCUGAUGCAAGGUGUCAUUUUGUUUUGCUACAGUUCUUCUUGGCUUGCUGCCUGUUGUCUGUGUGGUCUGUGUGAGCAAUCCAGAUCUCUGUAUUUGUACUUUCCAGGACGUUGGCAUUAGAGGAUAACAGCUAGGGGGUCACCCCUCAGAACUGGUACCCUUAGGAGGUGCUAUAUGUUAUGCUAGCUCAGUCCUGGGUUUGACACAUCUUCUGCUCCAGGUGAGAAUGAGAAAUACUUGGAAUCAACAGCAAACACACUGAGCUGUCUGUUUCUUGGACCCCUGUAAUUCCUUGGUCUCCCGAGUAUUAUGGCAUGCUUGGUGAAAAAUAUUCAUUCUAGCAAUAUGGCUUUGAUGUAAAGAGAUGAUUCUUGCUGCUUGCUGUCAUGUAGGAGAAAGGAUUUGCUGGGUGAUGCUGAAAGGAGAUGAAGGUUGUAUGUGUGUUGUUCUCCCUCUCUUACUAGCUCAGCCUACAAAAUCCUGUUUUAAGAAGCUGUUCACGUCUGUGUUCAGAUCCCAGCACACUGAAGCACCCACUUCAGUGUUAUUGAGAGCUCUGGCCCUCCCUUAUGGGGAGAAGGGGGGGUGAUUCCUGGGAAAGCUUCCAGCGCUGGGCCAACUGUGGAAACAGCUGGGCUUUGUGCCAGCCCUUCGGAGGGAGGGGGAGCUCAGAGCUGGUACAGUGAGUGUGUCAGGCUGGGGCUGGUGUAGCCUGUCGCCUUCCACAGUGUCUCGCUGCUGCUUCUGUUUCAGGAGAGAAACUACUCUGGACAGAGCUGUGGUCAAGCAGAGACUCGCUGGGAGGGUUGGUACAGGCUCCUGAUGGCCUUUUGAUAGCAGUUGGCAUGAAAGAAUCUGACAUAUGUCUGACAUAUGUUGGUGCUCCUGGCUCGGAGGAGGAGGUCCUGCCUGUGUUAAGGGGGAGGGGAAGUAUGAUCUCUGGAUAAGUAAAGAUAAGGGAGGACUGAGGAAAAUGAGCAAGAAGAGGAAGAGCCUCUGUAAGGAGGUAAACUUGUGAUCUGUGUGUCUCAUCUAGCAAUCUCGGCAGUCCUCAUUCUAGACGCUGCAAAAUAAACUGCGGUAUUUGGGGACCAUGGCUACAGACCCACUCUCAGAGCUUCAGGAUGACCUGAACUUGGAUGAUACCAAUGAGUCCCUCAGCCAGCUCAAACUGGCCUCCAUAGAUGAGAAGAGCUGGCCAGCAGAUGAAGCCUCUGCUUUUCCCAAAUCAGAGGACUCCAAAAGCUCCCCUGAGCCCAUCACUCACCUGCGGUGGGAUGAUCCCUACUAUGAUAUCGCCAGGCACCACAUUGUGGAAGUAGCAGGUGAUGACAAAUAUGGAAGGAAAGUAAUUUUGUUCAGUGCCUGCCGGAUGCCCCCAAGUCAUCAACUUGAUCACGUGAAACUGCUGGGGUACCUGAAAUUCACACUGGACCAGUAUGUGGAGAGUGAUUACACACUGGUGUACCUGCACCAUGGCCUGACCAGUGAGAACAAGCCAUCCCUGAGCUGGCUGCGGGAUGCCUACAGGGAAUUUGAUCGCAAGUACAAGAAGAACAUCAAAGCCUUGUAUAUUGUGCACCCAACCAUGUUCAUCAAGACCCUGCUGAUUCUCUUCAAGCCUCUGAUCAGCUUUAAGUUUGGACGAAAGAUUUUUUAUGUGAACUUCCUUAGUGAGCUGGAGGAGUAUGUGAAGCUGGAACAGCUGGGAAUCCCAAGUCAAGUGCUGAAAUAUGACGAAUAUCUGAGAUCCCUGCAGAAACCUUCACAAGUGCCCCAGAAGCCAACACCCCCACGCCCACCACUGCCAAACCAGCAGUUUGGAGUCUCGCUCCAGCAUCUCAGGGAGAAGAGCCCUGAUCAGUCUCCUGUUCCUCUGGUGGUCAGAGACACUAUUGCUCAUUUACAGGAGCAUGCUCUUGCUACAGAGGGGAUUUUCCGGAGAUCAGCAAAUACACAGGUUGUCAGGGAGGUCCAGCAAAAAUACAACAUGGGUGUGCCUGUAGAUUUCCAGCAGUAUGAAGAUGUGCACCUCCCUGCUGUGAUUCUCAAGACCUUCUUGAGGGAGCUACCUGAACCCCUUCUCACUUUUGCCCUCUAUAGUCAUGUUGUCACCUUCCAGAGUGUGGAGGAGGUGAAUCGUGUGGAUGUUGUUCGCAAAACACUCCAGACUCUGCCAGAAGAAAAUUACGAAGUGCUCCAUUUACUGACAGCCUUUCUGGUUCAGGUCUCUGCUCACAGUGACAGAAACAAGAUGACAAACACCAACCUGGCAGUUGUGUUUGGCCCAAAUCUGCUGUGGGCCAAAGAUGUAGCCAUCACCCUAAAAGCCAUCAACCCCAUCAAUACCUUUACGAAGUUCCUGCUGGACCACCAGAAGGAGCUUUUUGAGGAUGUGGAGGCCUGAAUCCAGGCCAGCCCACACCAGCACACUGUGCCCACCUUCCCACCUUCUUUCCCACCUUGUCUUGGAGCUGUGACCAAGCUGUCUCCAGUGCAAAGGGACCAUUGAUCCUCUGGGUGAUGAGCAGAGCGAGGGCUGUGGAGAUGGUGGAGAAAGGGUGUAAGUAAGCAAGCAGGAGACCUGCUGCUCCGGAUGGGGAGGGGAGCUGGUCUCCCAGCUGCUGCAAGUGGAGUCCUAACCCACCUGCCAGUCUGUGCAGCUCCUCCAGGUCUCAUCACCAGUCUGUUGCCCUAUCAGAUGACCUGCCUUCCUUUCCUCCUUCCCUCACAUGCAGUUUUUCUGCCCUCCUGCUCCCUUCCUCGGCAAAGAUCUUUUUUGUGCAAGCUCCCAAUAGCCCCAGCUCACCCCCCCUUGCCUCAGCUGGGCUGUCUGGGCUAGGGCAGGCUUGCUGGGUUUUGUGGCAGAGAUGUUCUUGCUGUGAGUGUCAUCUCUCGGCACUGAAUGUGCAUCCUGCUUUCCCUAGAGGCACCUAAACCAGGGAAGGGAACCAGGCAGCCCUUGUGCUUCAGGUAGCAGCGUGUCCUGCACUUGCAAACACUACUCUGGACCCUGUGCUUUUGGCAGGCAAGUGAAGGACAGGCUCACAGCACAUGGGCUGUAUUACCUGUCAGACUCUAAUACAAGGAAGCUGAAUUUAGUCCAACCCCCUCUGGAGUCACCCACUCCAGAUACUAUUUGGUCUUGUUGGAGUAUAGUGGGUGAGGUGCCUCCCAUAGCUACCCAGCUCAGGUGUGUUUGUCCCUGCAGCAGCGUGUCCAGCCUGGCUGGGAAGGUUCACGCCAGACCUGGCUGUGUGGGGGCGCUGGCUGGGGCCCUGUGGCAGCUGGUGAGCCUGAAUGGCAGGGAGCAAGUGCCCUGGUGGCACUGAACUGCUGAACGCUAUGAGGAUCACUGCCUUUCCCUGUGGCAGCAGCACAAGGCCUCUUCUCAUCCCUCAGGCAUUGUGUGUCUGUGCGACUGGCACAGACUGCCUUGGUUAGUUGUCUUUUUGAGCAGAACUUUCCCCAGCACAGUGUAACAGAGAGCAUGGCCUUGAGGGAGAGUCUAGGAACUGGGGCUAACCCUUACCCUGGAGUGCACCAGGCCUGGAUUGCAAAUUUCUGCCCAGGUGCUGAGCAUUCAUGUGCCAAAGCUGUGAGGGAACAGCUAUUCCAUGCCAAGGGCCUUUGCCCUGUCUCCUCCUUGGUUCAUGCCUUCCUUCCAUCCUACCAUGGAAGCCUGGUCAGAUGCAUCCUGGGCACGGCUGGAGAGAUCGGGUUGUCCUCAAGGCAGGCUCAGAGUGGGAUGGGCCUGGCACCUUCCCAAAGCAGCUGCAAUGCUGUUAGGGCAUCACUGUUGGCUUUGGGCUGCAGCAUUCCCGUUACCUGAGCUAAAAGACAUCCACCUCCUUAGCCCGGGCCUGGCAGGGUGUGAAGAAGGGAGCUUCUAGCCUUACUUACCUGGUGUGUUGUAUCUUUAUAUCUUGUGCCCUGCGUGCCUGGGCCACUCCUCCCUGCUGCAUCUGGCCACAGGGACAAAUCUUUUGGACCAAGUAGAAUGAAUUUUUAAAAAGCUACUGGAUGCUAAAUAGAAUUUGCUUUUUCAUAAUAUUUUAGCCUGCCUUUAAACGCUGACCAAUGGUCAGUGCCCCAGCUGUAAUCAAAAUAAGUGAUAUCUGCUGCAGGAAUUAUGGAAAUUGCUCUUUUUGCUAAGCUCUGGAAUGGGAAUGGGUGUGAGCAUAGGCAGCUCUGCAGGGCAGCGCAGGUUCAGCCAGCUGGCUCAGAGGAGGCACACCAACACGUGGGUGGGAACAGUGAGCAAGAAACUGAGCAUUACUAAGACUGGAGCAAGAGAUGUUCUAGGAGACGGCUGGGUCUGAUCCCUUCUAGAUACUGGGGGGGCUUUGCCCUAUGGAGGCUACAAAGCUGUUUAGUCUCCCCCUUCCAAGAGUAGGGGGCUUCCCUGUUUGGCCAGGAUACAAAUUGUUUCGGCCUGAACAAUUCACAGCAGUAACCAAAUAAAUGUUUUGAAAGUAGAGAUACUCAGCUCCUAAUUCACCUGUGAUCUCUGCUAGAGUAAGUUAGCAGGGCUGAUGUGCUGCAGAGGAGUAAUAUGUUGGACAGGGUGAAGAGAGGGGUGCUUGCCCCACUGUUUGUUUUAGGGGGCAUGGCUUUCUGGACAGCUUGGGAGGAGCAUGGAGGCUGA